GUGAAGGUGCAUUGGUCGAGUGAGUAAAGCUUUGCAAGAAUGCGUACGUUUAGUGGAAUUAGUAUGAGUAAGUCUCUUUUAUUUUACCUUUUAAACAUAUAGUAUAUUAAAACUUUUUUUUCUUUUUCUUUUUCUUUUUCCAUCCUUUUAAAAAGGUUACUUGUCUUCCACGGCAAUUCUUUUCUCUGUUAUAGGAGUCAUGGCUUCUACUACAGGUCCCAUCUUCUUUUUCUGGUGGAAUACAGGUCACCUGUUUGCAUGGCAUAAAAAACAAUUAUUCUUAAUAGUCCCCAAAUCAAUCUUCUAAGCCAUCAUAAGAGAGUUAUAUUACAGUCAAAUUUCUUUUUUGUUAGAAAAAAUUAGAAAGGCAAAUUAGCAUAGCCGAAAUGGAAGAACAACCCAAAAGAAAAUCUAAUUACGUAGAAUUAUUUGUUCAUUCGAAGACUCAUUUAUUUCUAACAAAUAAAAUACUAUCAUAUCGCGGACACAUAGUAGAUCAUUUUGGGAAUAAUAAUAUGUGAAAUAAUUGGACAGCUAAUUAAUUGACCAUAAUCUUUGGGCUAACCCUUUGGUGACUGUUGCCCUACCAAAACCAACCUAUGACAGCUACAAUAUGUCCCCUCCUAGAUAUCUACAUUCUCUCUAAUUCCACCAACCCAUUUUGAAACUCCCAUCUCCCUCCCUUUCACUUCCUUCCUUCUCUUCUCUUUCUCUGUCCAUACAUACCAACACCAGAAAAGAAACCAAAUCCCAAUCUCCAUAAUUUCCUUGAUUAUGGAAGACUUAAUUGCAACUACAAGCACAUAAAUUAAAAAAUCCCAUGACAUUCACCAUACAUGUACAUUCUUCCAUUUCAUGUUCUCUCUGUGCGUAUAUAUAUGUAUGUAUAGUUGGUGCUACGCUAGUACUGCUAAUUGUACUUUCCGUUCUGCAUCACGAAGUGCAUGGAGGACUUGUAGGGAGUGAUAUCGACGGCUGUGAUGUGUCUCAAGGCAACUGGGUUUUUGAUGAUUCAUAUCCUCUUUAUGCCGCGCCUAGCUGCCCCUUCCUUGAGAAAGUGUUUGACUGCGUAAAGAAUGGUCGCCCUGAUAGAGACUACCUCAAAUAUAGAUGGCAGCCCUCUGCCUGCAGCUUACCAAGAUUCAAUGGUAGUCGUUUGUUGACAGAACUUAGAGGGAAAAGCAUCAUGUUUAUUGGGGACUCGUUGAGUUUGAACCAAUGGCAGUCACUUACCUGCAUGCUUUAUACAUCUGUUCCAGAGGCCAAAUACACAUCGGUCAGGACUGGAGGACUCUCCACAUUCACAUUCCUGGAAUACAAUGUUAAACUGUUGUUCUCCCGCAAUGCCUUAAUUGUGAACAUUGUACGCACACCUGAUGGCCGAAUCCUAAAACUUGACUCAAUCUCAACUCAAGAUGACAAACUGUGGUCCGGAGUCGACGUAUUGAUCUUCAACAUGUGGCAUUGGUGGGUUCACACCGGCAGAAAGCAACCAUGGAACUUUAUUCGAGUGGGGAAUGAAACUUAUAAGGACAUGGAUCGCUUGGUUGCAUACGAGAAGGCACUGCACACUUGGGCAACAUGGGUAGACUCCAAUGUGGACUCUAACAAAACCAAGGUCUUCUUCCAGGGUGUUUCUCCAGAUCAUAGCAAUGGAAGAGAGUGGGGUGAUCCUCAAGCAAAUAACUGCAGUGCACAAUCAGACCCACUACCAGGUCCAAACUAUCCAGGAGAAGCACAUCCAGCAGAGAAAGUAGUAGAGAAAGUGUUACGUACCAUGUCAAAGCCAGUCCAUUUGCUGAAUGUUACAACUCUUUCACAACUUAGAAAAGAUGGGCACCCGUCUGUCUACGGCCUUGGUGGGCACAGGGGCUUGGACUGCACCCAUUGGUGUUUAGCCGGAGUACCUGAUACUUGGAAUGUGCUUCUUUAUGCAGCUCUUACUCAAAAUUAGGCAUUCUUUACAAAAAUCGGAGAUGAAUAAUUAUAGUCCGUAAAUAGAUUUUUAGAUUCUUUUAAAAACAAGGCUUGAUUAUGUCAAAUAUUAGUCCAAAUGAGGUAGUUAGCUAUGAGAGUUAAUAAGGUUAUAGGGUCUUUUGUAUUAGUGAAAUACAUUAAUAAUGUUUUACAUAAUCAGUUUUCAUG